UAAUCUGUCGGUUCAAAAGCGGAGACAAGAGCGUUCUGUGAGCCAUGCACGCACACCGGCUCCAUUCAGAGGAAGAAGAAGAAAGAGAAGAAGAAGAAGAAGAAGAAGAAGAAGAAGAAGAAGAAGAAGAAGAAGAAGAAGAGAAAACAAAACCCCAGUGGAUUCUGCCAAGAUCCAAUAUGAAAAGCGGAGGGAUGGUGCCUGUGGCCGCCCGGCCUCCCAGCACAAACAGACGGUCAUGAGACCGGGAGCCCCGCCGCCAGCUGGCCCGCGAGCGCAGCUUUGAUGAUGCAUGACGCACCGGGAAAACGCCCCCGCCAGAAACACAGCCCGCGAGGAAAAACAUCACACACAUGUGGAAUCGGAGUUUAUCAAGAAAUAUCGUUCGUGAUAACUGCAUAGGCUAUAAUGGACAGCUUUAAUGCUGCCCCCUUUCUCCCCCAUAAACGGGAUGUUGGAAGUUAGUCGUAUUUUAAAUCUCCGCGAGUUCGCGAGUUCAAGUUUGCGCAUGGGCUCUAGGACCGCGGGAUGCAUUGGAUGAGAGAAGCGUGCGCACCUCCACCAGCAUGAGCAAGUUUGAGGGUCUUUGCCCUGAACCUGUCAUCUUUAUCAGUGGUGUCCCAACUACCACAUCUUGCAGAUGUGCACCUUUCAUCCGAUGAACUAAUAAUCUUGAAACUGAAGUUCCUGUAACUUUUAAUUGCCUGGUUAUUCUCUCCUUUUCGUUUCUCUCUCUUUUUUUACAAUCUCCGAUUUGGUGAAAUGUAAUCAACAUCAAAGUUUAUGCUGGUCCAUGAUGGAGAAACGGGGUAAGAAAAAACAGCAUUGAAGUAACUUGUAAACUCAGUAUAGUGAGUGUCCUUCGUCAGUAUGAGGCUGUGGGGCAGAGGAAGAGCUCUCCGGCAGCGGAUGCUCUGUCUCUGGCUUCUGCUCCUUGUCCUCGCUCUGGUUAUGCUGGGAGUCACAGACCUGCUGUACCGAGACCAGAACCAGCGGAGAGUCCCGAGCCCUUCUCGCAGCUUCCACCAUCGGGUCCACAGUCCAGUGGACUUGGAAGUCAUCGUGGACUCCCGCGACUCAGCAGCGGCCGGAGGUCUGGAUCUGCCUCCUCUCACCUCUCUCCAGGAGGACCAGCUUUUAAUUGUGCCGUCUUUCGCGCAGCGCAGCAGGGCCACGCCGGCUGCGCCGCAGAAGAAGGGGACUUACAGGGUGCUUCUGCCGGGGGCUAAUAAGGGCACCGCCGCACCGACGUUCCUGACGCACGGAGAUAAAGGAAAAUCCCCGAGAGUGAAGCCGGGAAGUUUGCAGAAGGAUGUGGAGGUGAGCUCAGUGCAGAAAUACGGUUUCAACGAGGUGGCCAGCGAGCGGAUUUCACUGCGCCGCGGAUUGCCCGAGGCGCGCAACCCUGCGUGUAUGGGAGAGCAAUACAGCGAGUCCCUGCCGUCAGCCAGCGUUGUUAUCUGUUUCCAUAACGAGGCUUGGUCCACGCUUCUGCGCACUGUGCACAGUGUGCUGGACACGGCACCCAAGCAGCACCUGCGAGAAGUUCUGCUCCUGGAUGACCUCAGUCAGCAUGGCCACCUAAAGAGCGUGCUGAGUGAGUAUGUAGCGCAUCUGGAUGGGGUGCGCUUGAUUCGCAGCACUAAACGCCUGGGCAUUGGGGGAUGCCGUUCUCUGGGUGCUGCCAGGGCUGCGGGUGAAGUGCUGGUAUUUAUGGACUCUCACUGCGAAUGUCUCAAGGGCUGGCUGGAACCGCUGCUGGAGAGAGUGGCCCAGGACAGGACAAGGGUGGUUUCCCCCGUCAUGGAUGUGAUUGAUUGGCAGACCCUGCGCUACAACGCCACCCAGUGGCCGGUCAGGGGUGUGUUCGACUGGAGGCUGGAUUUCCACUGGGAACCGUAUCCUCGGCCUAAAGAGAAGGACUCCAACUCUGCCAUUCAACCUGUUAGGAGCCCAGCUUUAGGGGGCGGGGUCCUGGCCAUUGACAGACACUUCUUCCAGAGCGUGGGGGCCUAUGAUCCUGGAAUGCUGUUGUUGGGGGCGGAACAGAUUGAGCUGUCAAUCAGGGUGUGGUCGUGUGGGGGCUCCAUGGAGGUGGUGCCUUGCUCUCGUGUUGCCCACCUGAACCACCACCACCUGCCCUACCUCCUCCCUGACCAGGAAGUGCUUCAGAGGAACAAGAUCCGCAUUGCAGACACCUGGAUGGACGCAUACAGGAAGAUCUACUACAGCAGAGACACUCUAGCUCACUUCAUCAGGCAGUCUGAGAGUCCUAACGUCACAGAACAAGAGAGUCUGAAGAAAAGCCUCGGCUGUAGGAACUUCCACUGGUUCCUGACUACUGUCUACCCAGAACUUUAUAUUCCACAGGACAGACCCGCACUGUCAGGAGAGCUAUACAAUGUUGGCACCAGCAGCUGUGCAGACUACCCUGGAGGCAAAGGCCAACCGGGUGGGGCCAUGAACAUAGCGCCAUGUAGCGGCACUGGUAACCAGCAUUGUGAGUUGAAUUCUAUGGGUGAGGUGAGGUGGGGACCUGCAGGGGCUCUGUGUUUUGACUCUGGUGGGGAGAAGGUGGCCCUGUCACCCUGCCCCACCCACCAGCCAUCCGACAGCAGAUUCCAGUGGAAGUACAUAAAGCUCAGUGGUCAGCUAGUUCAUCAACAAUCCCAAUUAUGUCUGGAGGCGAUGAAAGAAGGAGGGCUUCUACAUAGCGAUGGUGGUCAGGAGAGAGGGGUUAAUACCCCCACAACAGAAAAAGGACUCUUUCUACGCCCGUGCACCCAUCAUCCCAGACAACAGUGGCACUUCGAGCAGUUAGUAGCUCCAAAGGGUGCCUGAAGCAUAAAGCAUUAAGAGGCCGUGAUAUGUGAGGUGUGAAUCAUAAGCACUAUCUUUGGCAUACGCCCAUGAUCAAAUGGUAUAUGAAAACAUGUUGUUGUUGCUGUUUUUUUUUUUGCUCCAGUUAGCCACAAAGCUCGUUUUGUUCCUGUUUUAAGGAUUUCAAAAAAAAUCACCUUUGUAAAAUACAAAUGUAUGAAAGAAUAUUGAAUAAAGAGUAAAA